AUGCCAGAUAUAGAGCUAACUAAUCUUCAUCAUAAUCAUGAUUUGGAGAAAUCGUCUACUUCUAUUGAGAUUCCCAAUUCAAAUACCGAGUCCGCAUAUCCACCAAUUUAUCCAUUACCCAAGCCAUUACAACGGAAAUUAAUCAGUUAUAUAAUAAUUGAAGCAUUAGUAUCUUUGAUAAUUUAUUAUAACUAUUUCAAGAUUGAAAUAAGUACUCAUCAUUUAAUAGCCCCUACUAUAUUAGGAGCAUCAACCGCAGCAUUAGCCCAAUCAAUUAAUCAAUAUUCAAAGAAAAAUUUUAGCCUAAAUCGUAUAUUCAAAUUUGUAGUAUGGGGAUGUAUAAAUGGAUGUUUCACUGUUUUAUGGAUUGAUAUGUUAAUUUAUCAAAUAGAUGGUUUAACUUAUAGAAUUAUGGUUGAUCAAUUUAUUGGGGCUCCUACAUUUCAAUUAAUAUUUAGCAUUUUAAAUUGUUUAUGGGAUCAUGGUGAAUUAAAUUAUACCUUAAAGAAUUCUUACUUGAAAUCUUUAAAAUUUAGUUACUGUUAUUGGCCAUUUUUCUCAAUAUGUUCCUUUAUGUUUAUCCCCCAAUCAAUGAUAUUCCCGGCAAAUUGUUUAGCAAACUUAAUUUGGAAUUUGAUUUUAAGUAAAUUAACCUGA